AUGAUACAUUCCUCUUUUGUUCAGGAAAGUACAUCUUCAGUAAUGUCCGGCUUGCUCGGCACCUACCCGGUCGGGAGUGAAGUUAGCGGUAGUGAUGUAACUCAUAUAGAUUUGAUGUCUAGUGAUGCAGUCUCCAAGAAAAUCGAUUUGCACCCGAUAACUGCGAUGCUCUUAGAUGAUAGUGAUGGUGAUUCUGACGAGUCAGGUGAACAAAGUGGUGUUGGCAGUCAUGGAGAUGCCCCUCACUAUUCUUCUGGUAUCAAUUCACAUCUACAUCCGAAGUUUGGAAACACAAUUAUGUGA